GUAUAUAAGCGAUGGGCGUAGUGGGUGAGGUGGCAGGUGAACAGAUAACACUGGCAAACGACGUCGUCGCAGUAACUACAGCUUUUCCCGUUUUGCACUCACUAACAAACUACCAACAUGUGUGACGACGAAGUUGCAGCUCUGGUUGUGGACAAUGGCUCAGGCAUGUGCAAGGCUGGUUUUGCUGGGGACGAUGCCCCCCGCGCCGUCUUUCCUUCCAUCGUAGGCCGACCUCGACAUCAGGGCGUGAUGGUGGGUAUGGGUCAGAAAGACUCAUAUGUGGGUGACGAGGCUCAGAGUAAGCGUGGUAUCCUAACCCUCAAAUAUCCCAUUGAACACGGUGUUGUUACCAACUGGGACGAUAUGGAAAAGAUCUGGCAUCAUACCUUCUACAAUGAGCUGCGUGUAGCACCUGAGGAACACCCAGUUCUAUUGACAGAGGCUCCCCUCAACCCUAAAGCCAACCGUGAGAAGAUGACUCAGAUCAUGUUUGAAACCUUCAACACUCCCGCAAUGUAUGUGUCAAUCCAGGCUGUGCUCUCCCUGUACGCCUCUGGUCGCACUACAGGUAUUGUAUUAGACUCUGGUGAUGGUGUGUCACACACUGUUCCUAUCUAUGAGGGAUACGCCCUUCCUCAUGCCAUCCUGCGUCUAGAUUUGGCUGGUCGUGACCUGACAGAUUACUUGAUGACGAUCCUGACCGAGCGUGGCUACACCUUCACAACUACUGCUGAACGAGAAAUUGUACGUGACAUCAAGGAGAAACUCUGCUACGUCGCCCUCGACUUUGAAGAGGAGAUGGCAACUUCAACCCAGUCUUCUUCACUCGAAAAGUCUUACGAACUUCCCGACGGUCAAGUUAUCACUAUCGGUAAUGAGAGGUUCCGCUGCCCAGAGGCUCUCUUCCAGCCCUCCUUCCUUGGGAUGGAAAAUGCUGGUAUUCACGAAACUACUUACAACUCCAUAAUGAAGUGCGACGUAGAUAUCCGUAAGGACCUUUACGCCAACACAGUUCUGUCUGGUGGCACCACCAUGUACCCUGGAAUUGCUGACAGGAUGCAGAAAGAAAUCACUUCCCUGGCACCAUCCACCAUGAAGAUCAAGAUCAUUGCACCCCCAGAGCGCAAGUAUUCAGUAUGGAUCGGUGGUUCCAUCCUGGCUUCCCUCUCCACCUUCCAGCAGAUGUGGAUCAGCAAGCAAGAAUAUGACGAAUCUGGUCCAUCCAUUGUCCAUAGGAAGUGCUUCUAAACAAUUGUAAAGUACAAUAAUACCCAUGAAUCAGUAAUCUUAUUUAUUGUACCAUAGUUUUUCAUUAGCUGUAAGGAACGAUCUUGAAUAAAACCAUUUUUCUACUA